UCAAAACACCCUCUUAUUGCUUGAACUUGCCGGUCGUUCCUGUUUCAAAACAGAGCAUUUGAGCAACCAACCAGACAGACUUUUCAUCUCUCUAGUGUCAUGAUGAGUAGCUGGUUCCAAUGUGCGAUAUAUCCUCUUGACACACGGAUUGGCGGCCGGCGCUUUCUAUGGAAAAUCGUAGUCAGGUCAAAAUGUGGUGGAAAUAUGAGAAUUGGUAUGAGAGACAGGAGCAAAAAUCGAAAGCCCUUGCAGAAGGGAAGAAACCUCAGUAUUGAAGCAAUUCAAGCUGUUCAAGCACUGAAGCGAGUGGCCAGCAAAAACGAUGAUGCCGUGGCGGUAGAACAGGUGUUUAAUAGCAAGAUCAGGCGUUUGCUCAAGAGUGAUAUGAUUGCCGUUCUCCGCGAACUUCUCCGCCAGAAUCAAUGCCUUUUAGCUCUCAAGUCUGGAGAAGCGUCCUCAGCAGCGAAUUGGCCCCAGGUCCCCUUGGGCCCUUGGAAGGGGGCGCCAGAGAAGGUGAGAGACCAACGUGGAUUGUGGGGGCGGCCAAAGCCCGGGCGCUCGAUACGCUUGUGGAAUGCCGUCUCCUCGAUUGUUGCAGGCAGCGCGCGCCUCUGGUGUGCUUCAUCAUCUGCGUGCUCCGGAUGCUGGCCUGUGGGCUCCCCAUUCAACCCAUCUUGAAACACGGACCAAGGAGUCUGACAUGUGUGCGAGUCAACGGGCGGGUUAAAAAAAAGAAUCUAUGAUCCAGUCAUCUUAUUCUUCCAAGGUGGCAUGUCUCAUUUAUGCUAUGUUUCAGAUAGACUUAUUUAGUGUCAUCGUAGAGAGAGAUCCUUCUCGUAGUGAAUUAGAGGGGAGGUUAGCAUGAUCAACCUUUUUCAUGUUUUUUUUUCUUGCUCUGAUCUUCUUUCAAAUUUAGCUAUCUUUUUCUCUCUUCUUUCUUUUGUCCAAGUUGUGCUUUGAAUGGUUGUUUCCAGUUCAAUUUUAUGAUUGACAAGACCGUAUUAGAC